CGAACCCUUUACGAACGGAUGUCUCUUCGAUUCAGCACGUCUCAUGGAUGUCCUGGCUAACACGAUUCACCGAAAAGACACAGAAAAGGACACAAAGGAAAUAAAGAGACGAAGCUAUACCGGUUGAGUCUAUCAUGUACUACAGGCGGUUACUUCUUGUUGCCGUAUCCGUCAGCCUGUUAUCAACCCUUUAUGGCCAAAUUCCAAACUUUGAUGAUGAGAACGACUCGAUCUUAAACAAUACGAUUUGGGAUCUGCUAAGGCCACAUAACAAUCCUUACCUUCAAGAGCUGAGCGGCCACUGGUCCUUCAACGACACGGUCGAUAUAAGCAAAUAUGAAGAAUUUGACCAUACCAGGUUCGAAGGAAUGAGAGAGCCGUCGUACGAAGAGUUGAUGGCGAAGGUGAAAGAGAGAGCGAAGACGAAGGUGCACCAGACGCCAAAUGUAGUGCAGCCGACAGCCCCUCCGGAAGACUUACCCGUUUUCGAUUCAACCCUUGAGACCAACGUGACUGCCCAAAAGGGUGGAACAGCUUACCUCCAUUGCCGGGUUCACAACCUCAAUAACAGUAAGGUCACAUGGAUUAGAAAAAGAGACUGGCACAUCCUCACAUCGGCAAAGCUCACCUACACCACAGACGAACGUUUUAUGGCCCUGCACGCAGACGGCUCCGACGACUGGACACUGCAGAUCAAGUUCGUCCAGAAUAAAGACGUCGGUGUCUACGGUUGCCAGGUUAUGACCGCGUUCGGAAAAAUCGAGCGUGACUUCAACUUGGUCGUUGUAGUGCCGACUGCUUACAUCUUGGGUACUGGCGAAUAUCAUAUUGGCCAAGGGAGCACAAUCAGCCUGGUCUGCGUAAUUGAAAACAGCCCUUUACCGCCCCAAUAUGUCAUGUGGUUCCACAACGAGAAGAUGGUCAAUUACGAAGAUGGAACGCAGACGAAGAGCAGGGUACAGGUGAUGACUGACGUCGGCACAGAAAAGACCCACAGCAGACUGGUCAUCACAGAAGCGACCUCAUCCCAUUCUGGCAACUAUACGUGCAGAGCGAGCAACACAGAGCCCGACUCUGUAUAUGUUUUCGUUUCAACAGAUGGAGACAAUAUCGCAGCUAUUCAAAGACAGGACGCAUCGGAAGGCCUGAUGCCGAGUACAAUCCUACUGAUCACCUUUGUCAGCCUUUCUUUAACUCUAUGAUAUAAUGUUCCAGAAAGAAGGUUUUUCAUCAACUCUAACUUUUAGAUGUAAUUGUAUAAUUUAAAAACCUAAAACAAUGGUUUGUUUAAGUGCCUUAUAUUUUUAGCAGUAGUGACUGAAUCUAAUGGAUAAAGUUAUAAAUCAACUAUGUACAUAUUUACAUACUAAAUGUUUAUAAAGCCAACAUCUUUUUUUUAUGUAAAACAAGAUGCAAAGUUUGAUUCGUUUAUUGCUUCAACCUUGUAAUUAGCAUUUAUGUAUAUCACAUGAAAGACGAUAUAUGCAUAAGCAAAUAUAUUUAGAAGUUUUUUCUACUGUUGUUUUUCCCAAGGCAAAGAAGAUGAAGAAAAGUUGAUUAAUAAGCAAUGAGCUUUUUAAAAUUCUGAGAAUCAAAUUUUUGUUAUUUUAAAAGCUAAUUGUACAAAAGCCAUUAGAAAAAUAUCCUGCAAAAAAGAAGGCGUUGGCUAAUUUGGCUGUAUUUUAGCAUUAGAAUUCACCUCUAAAAAUUAUUAGACAUGAGAUCAAGACAAAAUAUAUUUAUUAAGAUAAAAAGUAGAAUAUUUUACAAUUAUUUUUCAGAAACGAAUUUACUAAUUUUUAGAUUUUUUCCGAAUAUAUUUGUUCCAAUAUCUGUUUCUAUUAAAAUCCUAAAAUAUUUACAAUUUUUACUUCAUAAUGCUAGCAUUUGUGUGUUUGUGGUGCAACAAAAUAAUCUGUAAAUAUGUACUGUAUUUUUCUGUCCGACUGAGUGUGAAUGUGCUCCCUUUAAACAGAAGAAACCCCUGCAUUAUUUUUUGCUUGGCAAAUGUUAUUGUUAAAAAAAAGUUCUGAGUGACUGAUAAGUAUAUAUUUUAAAAUUUAAAUGUAUAAAAAGUAGAGAAAGAACAUCUUAUCAUGGGAUCAUGAAAACUUUUUAAAUGUGCAUUUUAUAUGUUAUGUCGUAAGUAUUGUAAAUAUUAUGUAUAAGUUGGUUUUUAUUUGUGAUUUAUUGCUCAUCCAAACUGAAA